AUGUUGCCACCACCACCCUUGUCUCCCGCAGAAACACUCGUCGAUGGACUACCAUCACCAAAGUUAUCGACGGCCAGAAAACUGGUCUUGCUCACUAUAUUCUGUCUGGCACAAUUCUUAGAUUCUUUCAAUAACUCGGCUCUAUUUUCUGCGAUACCUGCUCUCGAGUUAUCUUUAAAUAUGACCGAGAGUCAAUCAACUUGGAUUAUCAGUGCAUUUCAGCUGACUUUCGCUUCCUUCCUUUUAAUUAGCGGUCGUAUCAGCGACGUGUAUAAUCCUAAAACUGCGUUUAUCUCCGGAGUGUCUGGCCUCGGCGUAAUAUCGGUCGGCGCAGGAUUCGUAGAUGACAAAAUCAUCAUAAUCAUACUGCGUGCUCUUUGUGGUAUUGCAUCUGCAAUGACUAUCCCGUCCGCCCUGACAUUACUUGUCAACGCGUUCCCAGAUCCUCUCGAGCAGGCUCGUGCUAUUGGAAUAUUUGGUGGCGUUGGUGCAAUCGCCAACGUUCUUGGACUUCUGAUCGGGGCAGUGUUUGUCCAGUACGCUUCUUGGCACUGGGUCUUCUGGUUUGUUGCAAUGGUAGCCGUGCCGGUAGCGCUAUUAUGUAUUAUUGUUAUCCCUCCCCAACCAGAGCCGCUCGACGGCCCCGAACCUCAAGCAUCAAAGUUUAAAAGCUUGGAUACCACGGGUGUUUCGAUAUUGACGGUUGCCCUCAUCUUGUUCAUAUUCGCUGUUACCUCUGGUUCUACUGAUGGAUGGGGAUCUGGAAUGGUCCUUGCCCCGUUGAUCAUUUCUAUUUUUUUGAUCGGUGGCUUCUUUUACUGGGAGACCCUUCUCCCUACUCAUAGAGCUGCGAUACCUCCGAAAACAUGGUUCUACAAGAACUUCUCCGUUCUUUUUGCUACUGCACUUCUCCCUUACUUUUGGUGGAGCGCUGUAUUCUCCAUCUUUACGUCAUUAUGGCAGAAUGUAUACCACUGGGCAGUCAUAUCCUCAGCGAUACAUAUGUUCCCUAUUGGCGUCACCGCUUUUGCGAUGAGCUUUACCGGACCAUUAUCCAGAGUGUACAGCCCCAAGUGGAUCAUCCUCACAGGACUCAGUUUGGUGGUUAUCGCUACAACGUUGAUCGCACUAGGGGGUGGGCCUGAUGCUUAUUGGCCAUUCAUCUUCCCAGCAUUUGCAAUAGGCAGUGCCGGUGCCAUGCUAACCUUUACUCACACAAAUAUCGCCAUAUUCCAGGCUGCCCCCCCUUCCAUGGCAGGCACCGUCGGCGCCAUCUUCAACGGUGCCCUUCAAUUUGGCUCUGCAAUCGGACUUGCGGCGAUGAGUUCCAUCGAGACGUCUGUCGAAGCUACACAUGGGGGGUAUGAGGAAUAUACGGGGCGCGCGGCCGCUUUCUGGUUCCUCCUCGCUAUAGUCUGCGCCGAAGCACUCGCCAUAUUAUUCUUCUACCGCACCGAUUCGGACCACCUACCGCGGACGAGAUGCGAUGCCUCCCCAGAAUGCUUAGAAAAGAAAAAUCCCUCGGACGAGAAAGUACGCGAGGCUUGUGAUGGUGCUACGAGUGUUGAUGACUCGGUGACGGCUGAGAGCUCGGUCGCCUCCCAUGUGUAGACUGCUGACGACUUGACAUGUUAUUUUUCAUUUUUCUUUCCGUGCUUUCAUGUUGCUGCUUGAUGUAGCGCCGAUACUUAGAUGACAACAGUAACUAGUAGGAGAGGACGAUUUUUCCUUUAUAUUUCUGAUUUCGUGAUAGAGAGCAUUCCAGGCUGCAUUUUUCUAGGAUAUGUAUAGAAUAGUUAGAACUUAGAAGUUUGAUAUCUGUGUCUGUAGGGUUUCUUUCCAAAUUAUGUAUUCUCACAUUUAUCCUCAGUGUCUCAGUUAGCCAU